CCAGGGUGGGGCAGGGGUUCCUGGGAUCGGAGUGCUAGCCUAUAGCAGCUGCUGGAUCCUGGAUGUGGUGUGGAACGAGCGGAGCUGGCGGAGCUGGGAGGUGUCUGUUCCGAUCCUCUCUCUCUCUCUCUCUCUCCCUCCCUCACUCUGUCUCAUUCCGCUCCCUGUGUGUCCGCGCAGAGUCUGUGCUCCCGGCUGCUGCCGCCGCUGACUUCUCUGUUUAUCCCGGUCUUUCCGUCUGGCUUCCACCCUGCCUGUGAGCGGCUGUGUUUGGGGUGGAGGGGGAACGUCGCUGCGCUGCUGGAGGAUAGAACAGGAGACCCGGAGAGAGAGAGAGAGGGAGAAGAGGAAAAGAAAGCAGAGGAAGCAAAGAGGAGAAAAAAAGAGUCUGAGCGUUUUCUUUUCUUCGAUUUGAAACCUGACCCUGUUUUUUGAAGUGGCACUUGUCCCCCGCUCUCCAUCCCCUCUGCCUCUCUGCGGUAGCGCGCACACACGCUCACGCGCGCGCGCACACAGGUGUCAAGGAAACUGGGAUUCUGCUUUUGCCCUCCCAGGCGCUUUCCCGAUCUGCGCUCCGCUCUUCCUCUUCCACAACCGAGGCUGCGGACCGAGGCGAUGCCCGCGAGCCGGCUGUGGUGGGCGAAGGGCAAGUGAGGAGGAGGGGGUGACUGAGAGAGGGGGCAACAGCAGCAGCAGCUAAGUGUCCCUCUGCCGGCAGGCUGGACUGGGCUGGACUGGGCUGGACUGGGGGAGCGUGUGCCAACGGGAUGGGAGUUUUAGAGCAAGUUUCGGACAGACAAGUGUCGCCGAAACCCCAAAGCCGAGCCCUGGUGUGAGAACUACUGGCGGAUCAUGGAAAGAAGAAAAGGAAGACCCCAAAAAGAUGUACCUGUUUCUGUCUGCGAUUCCUUUCCUCGGUUGCUGUUAAUCAGUGUUAGUAUGGUUCCAGGGCAUUUAGAUGGUUCUCCAGUCACCCCGUGGGCAGCCAGCCUCACUGCCAGCGUGAGCGCUUCUGAAUUUUAAUUGCCUGUGACACAACAAACGGUGACAAGCCAAGGUCCUUGGCCUGCAGGCAAACCUCUGGAUCUCCUGGAGCUGUGCGCGGAACUUUUGGGAAUUAUAGGAGACCGUUUUCUUCUCCGGGACGGUUCCCGCCAGAGGGGAGGCAUCCCGGAUUCUUAUCGCGCUGCGCCGCUGAUCGCAGGAACAGGAAUCUGACUCGGUCCCGGCAGAGCAGCUCUGGGGAAAGGAUGGUCCGGGGACCUCGGGCUUGUUCUCUGUGGUGACCGAGCUUUCUGGAGCCGUUCCUUUUCGGGGUUCCCCUUGCCUGUCUGGAUCUCGGUGUCGGGGGGCGGGGCAGCAUGUCGGCGGCAGGGCAGUCAGCGGUAGUGGGGGAACGGCCGCGCGUGGUCCCGGUGCCCCCCUCCCCGCCAGCAGGGGGCGCCCCUGUGUGGCGGUUCGAGAGCCCGGUGGGGGUGGACUGCAGUGCCCCCGAGCCGCGCUGCAUCUGGCUGGCCGUGCUGCGCCGCGUGGCGGAGGCCGGACACGCCAAGCCCGCGCCGGGGCUGGUUCGCCGAACCGCGGUCAAGGGUCCGAGAGCCCCGAGGAAGGAGCAGCCCCAAAACAUCAGGGCGAAGGGGCGGAGAGAUGGGAUUUCGUCGCCCAAUGAGAACGCGCAGCCGAAGUCGGGGGAGGGGCCGGCGUGGCAGGGGCCGCGUACGGUGGUCCUGCACAAGAACUCCCAGGGGUUCGGGUUCACCCUGCGGCACUUCAUCGUGUACCCCCCCGAGUCCGCUCUGCACACCAGCCUGAAGGAUGAAGAGAAUGGGAAUGGGAAGGGAUAUCAGAGGAGCCGCCUGGAGCCGAUGGACACCAUCUUUGUGAAGAAUGUGAGAGAGAAGGGUCCCGCGCAGCAGGCUGGCCUCUGCACAGGGGACCGGCUAGUGAAGGUGAAUGGGGAGAGUAUUUUGGGGAAGACCUACUCCCAGGUGAUCGCGCUGAUCCAGAACAGUGAGAGUGUGCUUGAGCUUUCCAUCAUGCCAAAAGAUGAAGAUGUCUUACAGCUGGCAUACUCCCAGGAUGCCUACCUGAGAGGGAACGAGCCCUACACCGGAGGAGCCCAGAAUCUGCCUGAUCCGCCGCCCAUCUGCUACCCGCGCAAGACCUACCAGAAUCCCGGGGCCCAGCCGCCGAUGGGCCAGAACCAGCUGGACAACUGGACCAGCCGUUCCGGCUCCUCGGGCCCGUCCUCCCCCUUGGACAACCGCUCAGGUGUCACCAGCCCGGCCGGCUCCUUGUCUGUGGCGCUGGGGUGGCAGGAGGGGCGCGGGGCUGACCCCGGGGGCGUGGGUCACUCCAGCCCCGCCCACCGCACGGAGGAGAUCCAGUAUGGCAUGACCGGCUCGCACGGCCCGGCAGCCCGGGGCAGGUCCGUCUCCUCCCCCUCGGGCCGCGCCCGCUCCGAAAACCUGCUGGCCGCCAGGCACGACCGCUACGGCCACUCGCUGGAGAUGCUGGACCGGGCGGCGGCUCUGGUGUCGCCCCGGUUCGAGCGGCCCGCCUGGCUGCUGCAGGCCCCGACCCGGACUGACGGCUUCCAGAGGCCGGGGAAUCACUAUGGGGUCACGCCGGCGCCCCCCGCAGGAGGCCGGCAGCAGCACCCGCAGCGGCCAGCCCAGCAGCAGCAGCCUCCGCUGCCCCCGCCAGCAUCGCAGCAGCAGCACGCCCAGCCCGCGGCCCAGCCCCGGAGGCUGCCCCCCCAGAACGCGGACGACCAGCCCGUGGGAUACCGGAGCUACAGCCCCUCUUUCUACCGCAAGACCGGGCGCCUCAUGCACGCCCACUCCUUCAGGGACCCCUCGUACACUGGACCCCACUUCACCUGGACGCCGCCUCUCAAGAGCAGCCCCCCCGACGGCUCGGCCCCCGCGUCCACCCCUCCCCUGCCGGCCCAGACCCCCGAGGAGCCCCAGGACGCAGCCCGCCGGCUGACCAACCACGAGAGGCUGGCGGAGGAGGUGGCCGUGGGGAGGGAGGCUCCCAGGGACACUCAGGAGGUGGUGCUGAGGCAGAAGCCCCCGACCGGCAGGAGGACGUCCCAUGCGCUCCGGCACCCCCACUACACUCUGCCGGUAGACUCUCAGGACCCUCCUUGCCUUGCUCCCGAGCCCCAGGACGGUGCAGCCCCCCCAGCGGGGGGCGCCGCAGUCCCCUUCAGCACCCGACAAGCCAACGGCAGCUUAGCGCCCCUGCUCAUCGAGGACGACUCGCUGGCCUCCAUCCCGUUCAUAGAUGAGCCGACAAGCCCCAGCGCCGAUCUGCGCGCCCGCCACGUGCCCGCCUCCUCGGUGGUGUCCAGCGCCAUGAGCUCUGCGCCCGCAAUCACCACCAGCCCCGCCUCCCCCACCUUCACCUUCCCCCUCACCAGGCUCUUCUCGCACGACUGCAGCAGCAUUAAGGCCAGCCGGCGCUCCUCCUACCUCCUGGCGAUCACCACGGAGCGCUCCAAGUCUUGCGACGAGGGGCUCAACACCUUCCGAGAGGAGGGCCGCGUCUUCUCGAGACUGCCAAAAAGAGUCAAAAGCUUCUUUACCGAUGGGUCCCUGGAAAGUCUGGGGGCUGCGGAGGACACGCGGUCCAAACGCCACUCCACCUCCGAGCUGAGCAACCUCACCUUCAGCGACGUGCGCAAGGAGGGCUGGCUGCACUACAAGCAGAUCCUCACGGAGAAGGGCAAGAAGGUGGGCAGCGGGAUGCGGCCGUGGAAGCGCGUGUACUCGGUGAUGCGCUCCCACUCGCUCUUCCUGUACAAGGACAAGCGGGAGGCAGUGCUGCUGCAGGCGGGGCCCUGCGAGGACGAGCAGCCAAUCAGCAUCCGAGGCUGCCUGGUGGACAUCGCCUACAGCGAGACCAAGCGCAAGCACGCCCUGCGGCUCACCACGCAGGACUUCUGCGAGUACCUGCUGCAGGCCGAGGACCGCGAGGACAUGCUGAGCUGGAUCAAGGCCAUCCGGGAAAACGGCAAGACGGACAGCGAGGAGUCUGGUUUCUCAGGGCACGCGCUCAUCAGUAAGAAGCUGAACGAGUACAGGAAACACAGUCCUACAGGCGGCAAGCCCGACUCCUCUCCCAGGGCGGCCCGGAUUAAGCCGCCGUUCCUGCUGACCAAGAUGGACAACGCCACUGGGGCACCCCGCUCCCCCAAGACGGACUCCUCCGGGAAAGAUGAGAGCAGCCCGCCCAAGUCGCCCUGGGGAAUCAACAUCAUGAAGAAGCCCAAGAAGUCGGGGCCCAAAGCUUUCGGGGUGAGGCUGGAGGACUGCCAGCCGGCCAUCAGCAACAAGUUCAUCCCUCUGAUCGUGGAGAUCUGCUGUGGGCUGGUGGAGGAGAUGGGUCUGGAGUACACGGGUAUCUACAGAGUGCCAGGCAACAACGCAGUGGUAUCCAGCCUACAGGAUCAGCUCAACAAGGGCAUUGACAUCAACCCUUCAGAUGAGAAAUGGCAGGACCUGAAUGUGAUCAGCAGCUUGCUCAAGUCUUUCUUCAGGAAGCUGCCGGAGCCCCUGUUCACCGACGACAAGUACAAUGACUUCAUCGAUGCCAACAGGAUGGAGGAUGCUGGGGAGAGGCUGAAGACCAUGAAGAAGCUGAUCCAUGACCUGCCAGCUCACUACUACCACACACUCAAGUUCCUGGUUGGCCAUCUCAAGACUGUGGCAGAUCACUCGGAGAAAAAUAAGAUGGAGCCCCGUAACCUGGCGCUGGUGUUUGGCCCCACUCUGGUGAGGACCUCUGAGGACAACAUGACGGACAUGGUGACCCACAUGCCAGACCGCUACAAGAUCGUGGAGACGCUGAUCCAGCAUCAUUCCUGGUUCUUCAACGAGGAAACCGACAAGGAUGACAAAACGCCAGUGGACAAGGAAGACCUGCAGCCUAUCCCCAACAUUGACCACCUCCUGUCCAACAUUGGGAGGACAGUUCUUCCAGGGGAGGCCUCUGAUUCAACCAACAGCGACUCAGCUAAAUCCAAGGGCUCCUGGGGGUCCAAGCGGGAUCUGCAUGCCAAGGACUUCCUGACCUUGUCCAUCAUGAUGUCUGCCGUCACCCGCAAGCGCAAGAAGCGCCGCGACGCCCGGCUGCUGGGCAGCAGCACCGACGAGGACUCCGAGCACGAGCCCGUCAAGGCCAGCAACCGGGGGGGGCGCCGGCCGCCGCAGGGGGAGGAGGAGGAGGAGGAGGCGGGAGACGCAGAGCCUCUCGGGGAUGGAGAAGAGGAGGAGGAGGAGGAGAAGGACGAGGAGGAGGAGGAGAAGCAGGUGGCGGCGGGGCAACCCCAGGGGCAGGAGCAGGGGGCGCAGGAGGACGCGGCGGCGGCGGCGGCGGCGGUGAAGCCCAGGCCGUGGCGCGCCCCGGAGGACUCGCGCUCCAUCGUGUCCGGCUACUCCACCCUGUCCACGCUGGGCCGCAGCCUGGCCUCCGAGGGCCGCGGCGACGAGGCGGACGACGAGCGCAGCGAGCUGGUGAGCGAGACGGACAACGAGAGCGGCUUCGCCUCGCGCUCCCUCACUCAGGAGAGGCCCGAGAAGCCGCCCCCGGCCCCCCGCAGCUUCCUCUACAGCCACUACAAGCCCCCCCCGGCACCCCGGCAGUCCCCGCUGGCGGGAGAGGAGCCCCCGGAGCCCGGGGACAGGAUCGAGGGGGCCCGCUCCACCACCCCCUCCUCCUUCUCGUCCUCCUCCACCGCGCAGCGGCUGCACAGCCGGCCCUCCUUCAACUCCCACAAGCUCAUCCAGUGCGACACGCUGGCCAGGAAGAAGCUGAAGGGGGACAAGGCCAAGGCUCGCUCCCUGGACCUGGACCUGGAGCUGGAGCUGGGGCCGGCCUCCCAGGAGGAGGGGAGGCCGGGUGUCUCGGGGGCCCCGGUGCACAGCAGGGCCAAGGAGCCCCCCGGCCCGCCCCAGACCGCCGGGCCGGAGGGGGGGCGGGGCUCCCUGGCCGAGCAGGUGCGCGCCCGGCUGCUCAGCUCGGCGGACGACAUGUUCGGGGUGGGCAUGCGCAAGCCCCACUCCCCCGAGACGCGGCGCAAGAAGAGCGCCUGGCGCCGCCACACCGUGGUGGUGCACCUCAGCGGCGGGGCGGCCGAGCCGCGCCCCCCCGAGGAGGGAGGGGGCCGGGCCGGCUCUGGGGGCCAACGCCUGUCGCUCGCGUCCGCGCCCCCCAAAUCCGAGGACCAGGGGGUGCUCAGGAGCUCCGAUCAGACUGGGGCGGCCAAGCCCGGCGCCCGGGGCGCCCCUCCCGCUCCUGAUCCCACGCCCCCGCCCUGCCCAGCACAGCCGCACGCACACGCAGCCCCUUCCAGGAUCCGCCAGUACCUGUAGCGACACCGGCAGGGACCACCAUGGGGAGCUGCUCCGGCCCUGGGAUCGCCAGGCCCCCUCAGGCCUCUUGGGACGGCUCCUGUCCCAAGAGCAGAGAAGGUG